CAGUCCCGUCCUCCCUAUCGGCAAUCAUUGUUCUAUUCAUCAAAGGGUGGUUAACACUAACGACUCUAGUAUCAAACAAGUGUUGUUCCUCGGGACAAUGCAGACGCUAUUCCAGCACUCGCGUUACACCAUAAUUGACGCAAAGGAAAUUAUCAUUGUUAUUCAAUAAUAACACAAGCAGAUUACUGGAAUCCACAUUAUUCCUUACAAGGACACACGCUGUGAAUAUACUAAUGCUUGUGCUCGUGAUAUCGAGAAAAUUGGGAUUUAAAAAAAAUUCGUUUGCAUGGAAGUAAGCAAUACAUUUGAGAACAAACGUAGAAUGGAUGUCAGUUCGAUCGUUAUUGUACAAUGGUAUGUAAAUAUUGUUUGUAGAAAUACUUUGGUGUUGAUUCUAAACGCCAACACAACCUCAUUUACAUAAGGAUAUAAAACGAAGGGGCUCAAAGCUCCGAAACAAUCCAUUGAUUAUUCAGGCAAGUUGGACUUCCAGUUCCCGCAACGUUCCGAGAACUAUUUAUAAUAACGUGAUUUUUACGGCUGGUUAGCAGAAUUUGAUUGAAUGGCUAACUAUCCAUUAAAUAGUCAAGCCCGCUCUUUUAGAACCCAGAGGAAACAGACAGACUUCCUUCAUAACCAUAUGCGAGUUCGGUUUGAACAAUUGAGUGAUGAUUGACAAAACGGAAAUGAAUCAUUCUUAAAGUCGUGACAACUUGAAGGUUUAUAAUAUUUCUCGGUGGAUUGCGGUGGCAUUUGAUUUGACUUGGGACAUAAAAUCACGGAUCAUUCUCUUUUGGUGUAUGGCGUAGCUAAACGAACCGGAACAGGAAGUGAAAAGCACCAAAAUCAACAUGGAGGAAAAUUGUUGUUCGUACGACAUGGUAGUUGUAGAACUCAUAUUCUUUCUGUAUAAGACAGGAGAAUCAAUGCUUGACGCCACGACUCGUCCUUAUAUCGUGAAGGCAGUGUGUCAGGAGACUUUUCCGUACAACGCCUCCGUCUGCUUUGACCUUGACAAAUAUCCCGAACACGAGAACCGCGUGCAGGGUAUCGCAGGGAAUUACCUGAUGUAUUAUCGUUUGCUUGUAAACCUCCCCGCCGUUUUUCUAGGAUUGUUCUGUGGUGCGUACAGCGAUCGUUACGGACGCAAAUUACCCAUGCUCCUCCCGAGUAUAGGAAGUGUUUUAGGUGUUCUGUUGUACAUACCUAGUCUAAUGUUUGAAGAAAUGCGAAUUCCAUUGAUAUUAAUGGGGGCAUCUCUACAAGGAAUCUUCGGCAAAAGCUCCGUUAUAACCAUGGCAGUGAAUAGCUAUGUAUCCGAUAUAACGGAGGUGGACGAAAGGACAAAGAAACUAGGGAAACUGCUGGGUAUGAAUUUCUUCGGUCUGUUUGCUGGGUCUCUUCUCUCGGGUCUAUUCCAAGACACUACGGACAUGCUGACAACGUUCUGUUGUAUCGUGAUGAUUCACGCAGCGGUUGUGUUGAUCACAGUGUUUGCCAUGAACGAUUCUAUAACAUUUCCAUCGAAAAAGGUGGAAAAUAAAGGACUUAAGGGUGAGUGUUGUGAUGUUUUUAAACCUUCAAACAUCAAGGACAGUGUUAUGGUUAUUUUCAAACAAAGACCAAGAAAUACAAGAAGUAUAAUUUUGAUACUUUUCUUUACAUCAGUCCUUAACCAGACUUGUAAGGUCGGUGAAAUGGACAUCACAGUACUGUUUGUUGCCAGAAGCCCACUCAACUGGCCAAAAUCUUGGUACGGCUAUCUGUUGUCUGUGGAUUACGCAGUGAUGGGAUCAUCUCUGUUUCUGAUACUUCCAUUGUUGACGGCGUUCAUGAAGGUCCCGGACGUUGCAUUACUCCUCAUUGGAAUAACGUGCAAAGUUAUUCGGCUCACCUGGGCAGGGUUUUGUCGAGAAACAUGGAUGGUGUAUGUGUCGGUUGUGAUAGGUGCCUUUGCAGGGAUGAUUACGUCAUCUAUGAGGUCACUUCUGAGCAAGUCGGUUGAGGAGGAUGAGGCGGGAAAGAUAUUUUCACUUCUCGCAUGUGGCGAGACAGCAUCAAAGCUGUUAGGUGUUGUCGUGUUUGUAAAUAUAUACAGCGCAACGGCUGCCAUCUUUCCCGGAUUCGCAUACGCGUUAGAGGCAUUCAUAUAUCUGUGUAUGUUUGUGAUGAUUUGCUACAUGUAUAAAGACAUUCGUUCCGCAGGAACAGUUAACUUGAUGCAAGCUUUUUCAGAAGCACCAAUGUACGGAGCUACAACCGGUAGUUAUGACACAAAGGACGGUAAACUUCCGGUUGUUGAUGAAUUAGAGGAGCAGUCAUCUUUCCCCGCGCCUCUUCCCGCCACUACGCCUUGACAUUGUAAGCACACCCCUUCCCCAAAACCGUUGUCCAGUUACGUCCAUCUCAGAAGUUAAUAUGAAUAAAGCAUAUCCUGCAAGAUCCAAAGAA